GAACACUUGCUGCCAGUCCUCUAAACAAGGCAGCAUUCUGACAGUCCUCCUAUCCACAAGAGGGAGCACGUAAAGAAACCACAGAUCGAUUUUACACUGCCACUGUCAAAUCAAACAUGGCUCAUGUGAAUGUACUCAAGUUGUGGUCUUAGUGUUUUGUAAUUUUUUUUUAGACGGUUAGACGUUGAAAUGGCAGGCCUGUCGGCGAGAUUUCUGUUUUAUCCGACCCUCGCUUACAAUGUUUGUAUGGAGAAAAUAUCGGCAAGGAGGUGGUUUGACAGAAUAGAUCAAACUGUGCUUCUCGGAGCUUUGCCUUUUAAAUCGAUGACGCAAGAGCUGGUGGAGAAGGAAAACGUGACAGGCGUCAUUACCAUGAAUGAAGAAUAUGAGACUAAAUACUUUUGCAAUACUGCUCAGGAGUGGAAGUCUGUGGGAGUGGAGCAGCUGUGUCUGAGCACAGUGGACUUCACUGGAGUUCCCAGCCUGGAAAAUCUCCACAAAGGAGUCGACUUUGCUCUGAAGCACAAGGAGCAGGGAGACAGUGUGUACGUUCACUGCAAGGCUGGCCGGUCGCGCAGUGCCACUUUAGUAGCUGCGUAUCUAAUAAGGCUGCACUGCUGGAGUCCCGAGCAGGCAUGCAGUUUCAUGGCGUCCGUCCGUCCUCACGUCCUCGUUCGACAGGGACAGCUGGAGGUGCUGCGCCAGUACCAUGAGCAAGUCUGUACCGCGAAACCUGCGUGACACUGGACUGAUCCUCCAUCAGAGAACAAUAUAUGAGUUGAGCAAAAACAAAGGAGAAACGCCUGCCAUUGCACUGAACAUAGGAUGUAGGGUAACUGCGGCCGGGCAGGUCAGUCUGCAAAGGGUUUGAAUGACCAUUCCUCAGUUAUUACAGUCACUGGUGUCUGUCUAUCUCCAUAUCCCGCAGUAUACCCCUGGUGUUUCUAAUACUUUGUCUAUUAUAUUUAAUAUAUAUAUAAAUAUUUAAAACCGCACUGUGAUUCUGUGCACGUUUAAGGGUGAAGGUGGGGGUGAAGUUGGUUCAGUGGCAGCUUAUUAGCAUGAAAUCUCAUGGGCAGAGUUCUCAGGCGUCAUUCACUUUUGCCUUGUUCUGAAUAUUCGUCAUACAGAACUAUAGUGGUAAUAAUUCUCGACAGACAGGUUUUUGACAGUAAGGUUGCUUUAUUUGCCAGACCGGGCAUAAUCAAUAGGAACUGAAAUAUGAAGUUAAAAUAAAUCAGCCUGCAGGUGUUAAUACUGGAUAUAUAAAAUGAAAGUAGAUUUGAUCAUUUUUAUUGAUGUAUUUAAGCUAUUCUGUACUGAGAGUUCUGUAGACUUAUUUUAGCACCGUGGCUUGUUUCUUACAUAAUUGUGCAGGGCAAGGCAUCUCUAUCUAAGCCAAGCAAGUAUGAAAAAAAUGUAUCCAAUUGUUCUCAAGGUGGGGUCUGUGAAGGAUUAUUAUUGAACACAGCUAGCAUCUUCCCUGCUGUGUGGAGAAAAUGGGUUCUGGUUUACAUGCUGAUGGCAACUUUUGUUUGUACAGCCUAAACCUCGGGCAUGUGCAAUUUGGUGGAAGAGUUCUAUUCAGCAGCAUGCAUUGCACAUUUAAUAAGUUAUCAGAGCAGGAGAAUACACGUCAGGAGUGGUCUGACUUCUAAAUUAACUCUGUAAAAUCUUUAAUGUAGGUAGGUAGAUACAUAAAGCUCUAAUUAUUUUAUAUUCUGGCCAAUAGGUUAUUUUAUUAAUUUUGUGUUUAAUCUGGGUUUACAGUAAAUAAUCAGUCCAUGCAUUAUCAAGUACAGUGCAAAUGCAAGUAACUCAUGAAUUCAUGCAAAGACGUUAUUGUGCAGUUGUGUACCUAGCCAGUGGGGUUGUCUACCUUUUUCUUUUUAGUUUCCCUUCUCUUAGAAACCUGCUUUUUAAAUUCCUGUUACAUCUGUCAAGGUUUGUUUAAUUUGUCAUCUCAGUCUGUCAUUGCUUUAGUCUAUAUAACCGUUAAAUCUUCAGCUGCCGAGACGUUUUAUUUAUAAUACAUGAGUAACUAUGCUGUAUGUGUGUGUGUAAACUAUGCUGUUGCCAACGGACAAUCCUGGCUCAGUAUUUUAAGUAGAACAUAAACUGAGUAGCAAAGAUUCACUUUAACUUCUGUCUCUGGCUUUUGCUUCGUUUAUUCUGGAGUGAAUUUUAAGAUUUUAAUUUCCUAUUUUAAGAUGCUGACAAAGUACAUGGGAGCCUCCUGGCUGAAUCAAGCACACCUUGUUUCUGGUAAAUGUAGUGUUUAUCUGAUAAGGCUGCAAACCAGAGAGCUCUGCAGCAAGUGUGUAUAUUUUUCCGUGUUGCGUUCUGGGAUAUUAAGCCGAUCCCUGAACAGUGCUUUUCAUAAAAAAGAAAUAAAAGAAAGCACAGUUUAAGUCUUGCCAAUUUGGCUACCUGAUUUUCAAGUGUCACUUUUGUGUAAUAUCCUCGCUGUUGGAGAGGCUUUAAAAUGAUUAAUGCAAUUGAAUCACUUGUGUUCUAUCGCUGUUAGUGAAAUCAGCAGGCAACAGCAUUCGGCAAAUUGCUACACAGAGACGUACAACAAAACUACAGUCACUUCUUAUUAAGAAUGUCGGGAGUUCUUUGUAUCCAAUCGUCACACCUCUGUUUACUGUACAUCUGCAGUGAUCUGAAAAUGAAGUUAUAUAAUCUCUUUAUCCAUCCAGGUGCCUCGUAUCCUAAUCAACCAACCUCUGAAAAGGGAAAGUACAAUUGUGUGCACUCUCUUUGAUUACUCAUCUGCCAAAAGAAGUAUCUAGUCCGAGCUGCGAUUUAAAUGACAGGAAUUUAAAAAUGUCUCUGAAAUAACAUUUGAUCUCUCCCCACACCAACUAUCCUCUUCUUUUAAUCUUGAUCUGAUAAUCCUCCUAAAAAGGUCCUUCCCUCCUCAAGUCAAUUUGGCAUCUAGAUGGAAUAAAGUAGAGCGUAGGGUGAAGGGGAAACUGACCAGUGGCGCUGCAAGGAUAGUUAACUGGUCUGCCUGAACUGGAAAUGUCUACAGAAUAGUCCUGUAACUGAAAGCUGUUAAUUCUACAAAUUUCAGAACUGCAAUUUGUACUAUUUGAUUAUAAGGAGUAACUGACUUUACUUCUGUAUGCAUUUUAAUUAGUGUUCUUAUUUGUAUUCUGUAAAUUGAAUAUUGUAACACAGUGUGCUGCUGUUACUGACACCUCUGGCUUCUUGGAAACAGGAUAACUUGGUUUAAAUGACCUCUUCUUUCUAGAUCCUCGAGUAAUACCAAAGAAAGGUAUUUUUUUUGUUCUCUAAAACGAAGAUCUGCAUAUCCAUGUUGUAUUGUUCAUAAAUACAAUUGUAAAAUAUAAAAUCAGUUACUGCCUGAAUUUUAUUAGAUUUUUUAAUUAUAUGUACACACUACUAACUAUUUGAGUCACUGAUUUAAUGUUUUCAGUGUAAUGAUUUAAUGGAAACUCUCCUGGAAAAAAAUUAACAGUAGCUUUUCCUUUGACUUAAGAUGGCUGACUAAGUGGUUUUGGCUAAAUAUCAACACACCCUAAACAAAACAUGCUUCACCUUAAGAUACACAAGGAAUUGAGUGGCUGUUCAAACAGUUUCUUCUUCAAAUACAUUUGAGAGAUACUCCGUUAUCAAGAGGAAACCGACCAUUGUAAGAAAGUUAGCAUUGUUUUUGUGUGGGCUCAAGUCCAUUGUACCUUGAAGGGUUAAGACAUAAAAACAUUUCUUGUAAUGUCGUGAACUGCACAAAAAAAAAAAGUAGUAUGUUAUAUUGAGAGAAACAAACUAGGGAUAUAUAUUUUUUUAUUAAGCAUUGGAAGCAAAAUGACUUUCCAUGACGCACAUGAAGGUAACUGAUUAUAGUAUUCUUUUACUGUGAGACUUGCAUGCAUGUCAUAGACACUCCAUGAUAAUAAAAAAAUGAUUCCCUCUUCA